UAGCCAGCAUGCUUGUCCUAUUUUCAAUGAAGAAUUGCUUCAAGUUACUUUCUAACCACAAAGUCCCAACAGCUGGCUUUAAAAACACAGUAAAAAAUGGGCUAAUUUUACAGUCAGUUUCCAAUGAUGUUUAUCAAAAUCUGGCUGUAGAAGACUGGAUCCAUGACCAUAUGAAUCUAGAAGGCAAGCCAAUUCUUUUCUUUUGGAGAAAUUCUCCCUCUGUUGUAAUUGGUAGGCAUCAGAAUCCUUGGCAGGAAUGUAACCUGAAUCUGAUGCGAGAAGAAGGAAUAAAACUGGCUCGGAGAAGGAGUGGAGGAGGAACCGUCUACCAUGAUAUGGGUAAUAUCAAUUUGACUUUCUUUACAACCAAAAAGAAGUAUGAUAGAAUGGAAAAUAUGAAAUUAGUUGUGAGAGCUAUGAAUGCUGUCCAACCCCAGCUGGAUGUACGGGCUACCAAAAGAUUUGACCUUUUACUUGAUGGACAGUUUAAAAUCUCAGGAACAGCUUCUAAGAUCGGCCGGACUACUGCUUAUCACCACUGCACUUUAUUAUGUAGUACUGAUGGGACCUUCUUGUCUUCUUUACUAAAGAGCCCCUACCAAGGGAUCAAGAGCAAUGCCACUGCUAGCAUACCUUCUGUAGUUAAAAAUCUUUUGGAAAAAGAUCCGACUCUGACCUGUGAAGUACUGGUGAAUGCUAUUGCUGCAGAGUAUGCUGCUUAUCAUCAAAUUGAUAAUCACAUUAACCUAAUAAACCCAACUGAUGAGACAUUGUUUCCUGGAAUAAAUAGCAAAGCCAAAGAACUGCAAACUUGGGAGUGGAUAUAUGGCAAAACUCCAAAGUUUAGUAUAAACACUUCCUUUAAUAUAUUAUAUGAACAGUCACACUUGGAAAUUAAAGUAUUCAUCGAUAUAAAGAAUGGAAGAAUUGAAAUCUGUAAUAUUGAAGCACCUAAUCAUUGGUUGCCACUGGAAAUAUGCAACAAAUUAAAUUCAAGUUUUAUUGGCAGUAAGUUUUGCCCAAUCGAAACUAACAUGCUAACAAGUAUAUUACUGAGAACAUGUCCUGAAGACCGUAAACUACACAGUAAGUGGAAUAUACUCUGUGAAAAUAUUAAGGGAAUAAUGUGAUUCCAAGUAAAUUUCAUUAUGCUGACAAUUUCAGUGCAAAAAUAAAAUUUUGAAAUGCA